AUGGGAUCUGAUGCAGAUGCAUUGCAGAGGUGUGCGGCUCGAGGAAGGUCAAACAAAGGUGAUCGAUGGGAUCCAUCGAUCGAUGCAGAGCGUCCAGGCUUACCAGUACAGCUGUUUUCAGGUGACAUCAUGGUUGGAUUUGUUUUAGUUUUAAAAUCUCAGUGCAAGAACUCAGAGAAACCUACAGAGGGGUUUCAUUGCAGGAAGCAGAGAGUUUUACUGAUUAUAGGCAAAAAGAAAGUGGGUAUUAUAGGAGCAGGAGUGAGUGGGCUUCUUGCAACUAAAUAUUUACUGAGCAUAGGUCUGAAACCCACUGUUUUUGAAGCCAAAGGAGGAGUAGGAGGAGUGUGGAGAGAAACUUUUGCAUCAACAAAACUGCAGACCUCUCGUCCUGCCUACCAAUUCACUGAUUUUCCAUGGCCAAGUCAUGUUACUGCCCUUUUACCCAAUCACAGCCAGGUUAUGGACUAUUUUAACAGUUAUGCAAACCAUUUUGGGCUACUGGAUUUCAUUCUGUUCAAUACCAAAGUGUUGGAGAUUCGAUAUAGUGGUAAUGAAAGUGGUGCAUCUUCUGGACUGUGGGGUAAGAGUGGUGGCCCUUAUGAUGAUGGGGAAGUCUGGGAAGUUGGUGUGCAGAAAAGUUAUGGAGAAUCCAUUCAGGUGGUAACAAUUCUUUUUAAUCAGUAUUUAGUAUCUGUUAUUGUUUAUUUUUAUGAAACGUGGUAUCACUUUGAUUUCUUAGUUCUAUGCGUUGGUAAAUAUGGAGGUCUACCAAAAAUCCCAUCAUUUCCUUUAAGUAAAGGACCAGAAGUAUUUCAAGGAAAAGUUUUGCAUACCAUGGAUUACUCUUCCUUCAAUGAAAAAGAGGCGUAUGAAACUGUCAAAGGAAAAAGAGUUGUAAUCAUUGGAUAUCAAAAAUCAGCCAUGGAUUUUACUGUAGAUUGUGCUGAGGCAAAUCAAGGAGACAAUGGCCCUCCUUGUACCAUGGUUUUUAGAAGAACCCACUGGAUGAUUCCUGAGGAUUAUUUGUUUUGGGGAGUACAUCUACAAUAUUUGUAUGGCACACGUUUUACACAAUUUUUACUUGGAAAACCAAACCAGGGUUUUCUCUUGAACUUAAUAUCAUUCCUAUUUAUUCCAUUGAGAUGGGCAAUAUCCAAAUUUGUGGAGCUUUCUGAGCUUUGGAGAUUUCCUCUGAAAAAGUAUGGACUUGUUCCAGAUAUGAGUUUCCUAGAAGAAAUGACUUCUUGUAGCAUUGCAUUACUUCCUAACAAGUUAUUUCCAAAAGUAGAGGAAGGCUUGAUACGUUUUCAGAAAUCAUCUAGUUGGAGUUUUUAUAAUGAGGGAAUUGUGGUAGAUGAUGGAACAAAGAUAGAAGCUGAUGUUGUGGUUUUAGGCACUGGUUAUGAUGGGGACAAGAAAUUAAAGAGUCUACUUCCAACAAAAUUUGGAGAUGUUUUAGAGAAAUCAGGCGGUGCACUCUCUUUAUACAGGGAGUUGAUCCAUCCACACAUUCCUCAAAUGGCAAUCCUUGGUUAUUCAGAGAGUUUGUCAAAUUUGCACUCUUCAGAAAUACGUUCCCAAUGGUUGGCUCAUUUUCUAUCUAACAAAUUAGUGAUGCCAAGUGUUAAGGAGAUGGAGAAGAAUGCAAAAGAGCUUGAAAAAUAUCUUGAAGGAAUUGCAGGUGCCUUCUUUUGGAAAACUUGUCAUGCUACUUUUCAAAUCAUAGAUAAUGACGAUCUUUGUAGAGACAUGGGAAGAAACCCAAUGCGAAAAGGGAAUUGGUUUGAUGAAUUUUUUUCUCCAUAUUCUAACAUGGACUAUGGAUUGGAAAAUUAA